AUGGCCGACCUCCUCGACGUCGGAUUCAUCCAAGCCGUCUUUGGCGACGGGGAAGCACCGGAAGGCGCAAGUCCCGUUCUUCAAAUCCUCAGUGUCAAGAAAAUCAACAGUGCUUCCUCGGCAUCGUCAGGCGUGGUCGAUCGCUACCGAGCCAUCCUGUCGGACGGAGAAUACUUCGGCCAAGCCAUGCUCGCUGUGAACCUCAACCCACUCAUCGACAGCAAAGAAAUCGACAAGUUCUCCAUCAUCAAGCUCCGUAGCUACACCACCAACGCGGUCCAAGGGCGCAGGCUGCUCAUUUUGCUGGAAUUUGAUAUCCUCGAAUCCGUAUACAACGAGAAGAUUGGCGAGGCGGUCAAUAUCGAGCACGCGGUGGCGAAUGGGACGGUCAGCCGAGCGCCAGCAGGCAAUGCCAAUGCGGCGCCAAAGGCGGAGCCAAAGGGGCGAGCGGGCGGGGCAGGGCCUGGUCCAGCGAGGGGGGGCGCGCGGCAGGGAGGAGGGAAGGACGUAGGACCAUUGUUCCCUAUCGAGAGUCUGAGCCCGUACCAAAACAAAUGGACGAUCAAAGCGCGAGUGAGCGCCAAAUCCGAAAUCAAGCACUGGUCCAACCAGCGUGGAGACGGCAAGCUCUUCAACGUCACAUUCAUGGAUGAGUCUGGCGAGAUCAGAGCGACAGGCUUCAAUGAACAAUGCGACAACUUCUACGACCUGCUCGAAGAGGGCAAGGUCUACUUUGUUUCACGUGCCCGGAUCAACAUUGCAAAGAAGCAGUUCAACAAUGUCAACAAUGAGUACGAGAUUGCGUUUGAGAGGGAGACGGCUAUUGAGCCUUGUGACGAUGCGUCUGUCCCGCAAAUAAAAUACAACUUUAAGCGGGUAGAUGAGCUGGCGGACCUGAACAAGGACGAUAUGUGCGACAUCAUCGGUGUCGUCCGGGAAGUCCAUGAUCUCUCUUCGGUCACGUCCAAAGCGACCCAAAAGCCAUUCGCCAAGCGGGACAUUCAGAUCGUAGACCAGUCGGGUCAGGCUGUCCGGCUGACGCUUUGGGGCAAGCAGGCCGAGAGCUUCGCCCACGACGACUCACCGGUCAUUGCGUUCAAGGGGGUCAAGGUUGGAGACUUUGGUGGGCGGAGUUUGAGCAUGUUUAGCUCGGCAACCAUGAGUGUCAAUCCGGAUAUCAACGAGGCUCAUGCGCUUCGCGGAUGGUACGACUCUGCCGGGCGCAAUACCCAAUUCAACGCCUACACCUCCACCAUGGCUGGCCGAUCCGACAACUCCGCUCCUCGUCUGAACGAGCUCAAGACGAUCGGCGAGGCCAAGGACGAGAAUCUCGGUAUGCGCGACAAGACCGACUACUUCACCACCGCCGCUGUGGUCGCCUUCAUCAAGUCGGAGAACUUUUCUUACCCCGCCUGUGCCAAUCCGGACGGGUGCAACAAGAAGGUUAUCGAGGAUGGGAAUGGAACGUACGUGUGCGACAAGUGCGACAAGCACUGGCCGGAGCCUAUACAUCGUUACAUCCUCAGCAUGAACUGCAUGGACCACACCUCUUCCUUCUGGAUCACGGCGUUCAACGAGGUGGCUGAGAAGCUGCUGGGUAUCUCGGCGAAUGACCUGUGGAAGCUCAAGGAGGGGGGCGAUGAACAACAAUUCCAAUCAUACUUUACAAAAGCGGCAGGACGGUCGUACACCUUCGAGAUGAUGGCCAAACAGGACUCGUACAAUGAACAAGUCAGGGUACGGUAUACCUGCCGCAAGGCUGGUAUUCCCGACUUUGUUGCCGAGUCUGCAUAUCUGUCUCAACAGAUUGCGCUGUUCAACAUCUGA